AUCAUUGGUGUUUGUCUAUAGUUGUGGUUAUUUUUGCUACAAUUUGAAAUUUUUUAUACAAAGAGAAGAUUGAGCCACUUCAACAAAAUGUUAACAACGCCCUUUAAAGCUUUGAGUGUAUCAUGCGUGCUAAUUGUGCUAAUAGCCUGCCCCUUGUCUAUGGCCCAGUCACAAAUUUUCCCCAAGCUCAGUAAUGUCAAAGACUUUGAUGACUUCUUGAGGCAGACUGGCAAAGUCUACAUUGAUCCCAAGGAACGUCAAUUGCGUGAAUCUCUGUUCAUAGCCAAAAAAGCCUAUGUGGACUUGGGCAAUAAAAAUGCGGCAGAUAAUAAAGCCUCCUUUACCAUGAACCUAAAUACCUUGGCAGAUUUGACCCAUGAUGAGGUUAGCAAGUUGUAUGGAUCCAAAAUUAGCUUUUCUGGAGAAAACCUAACCUCCACUCAUGUAAACUUUGUUACCUCGAAAUCGAAAAAUCUGAAUUUACCCGAACAUUUCGAUUGGCGUGAAUUGGGUGGUGUUACGCCUCCCGAUUUCCAAGGUUUCCAAUGUGGUGCCUGUUGGUCCUUUGCCACCGUGGGUGCCCUGGAGGGCCAUCUAUUUCGCCGCACCGGACUCUUGGUGCCCCUGUCAGCUCAAAAUCUGGUAGAUUGUGCCGAGGAUUAUGGCACCACCGGUUGUGAUGGUGGUUUUCAGGAGUAUGCCUUCGAGUAUAUACGCGACCAUGGCAUUUCGGUGGCCAAUCGUUAUCCUUAUAUCCAAUCCGAAAAUCCUGAGUGCGGACGUAAUGAAACCACAGAUAAAGGUGUCUACAUACGUGAUUAUGCCCGCAUCAAGCCUGGCGAUGAGGAGAAAAUGCGUGAAGUUAUAGCCACCCUGGGUCCGGUGGCCUGUUCCAUUAAUGCCGAUACUUCCUCGUUUGAGCAGUAUAUUGGUGGCAUUUAUGAUGAUGAUGCCUGCAAUGAGGGUGAAGUCAAUCACUCAGUGCUGGUUGUGGGCUAUGGUAGCAAAUAUGGCCGUGACUAUUGGAUUGUGAAGAAUUCCUAUUCUGCCAAUUGGGGAGAGAAUGGUUUCUUCAAGUUGCCACGUUAUAAAAAUAGUUGUGGCAUUGCCACUGAAUGCAGUUUCCCCAUUCUAUAGGAGAUUUUUGUU